GCAUCACAGGAGAAAAAGGAAACCAACACCGGAGAGCUUCAUGGAUAGACGUCGAAAGGAACGUGAAGAGAUCAGUGCUACUGGGGCCAUAGAAGUUUGGGGUUUGUCCCCAAGAGAACCUCCACCAGAUUCUGAUGAUGAGCUUAAUAAGAUGGCUCUAGCUGCAGACAGGAUGAAAAAGAGUGAAAGUGAAAGUGAAAAGGACAGCAGUGAGGAGGAGAAAAAGAAAAAGAAACACAGGAAAUCUAGUAAAAAGAAAUCAAGAAAAAGUCGCCAUAAAAAGAAAAGUAAAAAGCAUCGCAAGAAGAAGGUUCACCAAAAGUCAAGCUCUGAGAGUGAUGAUGAAUCAGAAGAAGACGCUGAUGUGGAAUGGCAAGAGUCAUGGAUUGAAAAGCAAAAAGACAAAGAUAAAGAGGGAGGCAAUGGUGUCAUUGGGCCUCUUCCACUUAUGCAAGACGCAGGCAAUCAAGACAUUACUGACUUUGGAGGAGCUCUGCUACCUGGUGAGGGUGAAGCAAUGGCACAGUAUGUGAAGGAAGGCAAGCGAAUCCCUCGCCGUGGUGAGAUUGGGCUCACAAGUGAUGAGAUUGCUACAUUUGAAUCAUCUGGUUACGUGAUGAGUGGAAGCAGGCAUCGUCGCAUGGAAGCCGUACGUUUGAGAAAAGAGAACCAGAUUUACAGUGCAGAUGAAAAGCGAGCAUUGGCUAUGUUUAACUAUGAAGAACGAUCCAAGAGAGAAAACAAAAUCUUGUCAGACUUCAGGGAGAUGAUUCAUCAGAAAAUCAACAAAAAGAAAUAGUUGUUUCUCUAGCUAUCUUAGCUUCCUCCGGUUCCAACUGCUCUUUCCAGUGAUGCUUGAUGAUGGGCAGGCAUACCAAAUAUUGGCACACAAGUAGCAGAAAAGGAAAUGAGAGAAAGUCCUACCCAUAGACAGCCAAAGAAAUGCUUUUGCAUCAUUCAGAAUCAAUGCACUCUUCUUUUGUGGUCCUGGUUGCUCAGGCUGAUAAUGCUAUUCACUGGAUUAAUUUCUUUCCAGUGGAUAGCACAGAACCUUUUUGUAAACACCUACAUGUAUCUGCUGGAUAACAAUUCAUCUGUUGGACAGCAUUAUCGAUCCUUUGAACAACUGGGCUAUAGAGUGUGUACUAUGAAUGCCUUGAUGUUCAUGUAUGACAGAAUUCUGAAUUGCAAGGAAUCUCUAGGUCAUAAUGACUAAAUUUUAUUGUUGUAAAAAUGUCAAUCAGGCUGCAGUUUGUUUUAUUGACUCAAUGGAGCUAUCAAAGAAAUAAUUCAGGUGUAACCUAAACAGUUUUUCAAAUUUUUUUCUAUUUUACUAAAUUAUGAGAUAAAUUGAAAAAGCUUUAUAGAGACAAAGGUUUCACCACAAAAGUUUCACUUGUAAGUUUAAGUGGAAUUAAGUCAAGUGCAAUUCUUAUGUAAUUGAUAAGAAGCUGGCUGGCUGGAUAUAGCACACAUACAAGCUUAGAGGAUAUCACCUGAUAUUGUACAAUAUAUACAAGACUGUAUAAUAGUAUACUUACAAAUUUAUGAUGUGUGUUUAACUGUGAAUUUGAAGUACAUAAUUUUUGCUAGUGUUAUAUUGCCUACUUCAAAACAGUGCAACAAAAGAGUGCAAUGAAUAAGAACUCACACAAUUUCAAAGACAAAAAGAAGCUGAUCUUUCAUUACAAGUAGGUUACAGACAGGUCUUAAAAACUGGAAUGAAGAAAACUGGUUAUUAUCCUAUAAACUCCCAAGCUCCGAUUCCUAAUUCUCCCCUAUAACUACUUGACAUUUCUUUGUGAAUAGGUUAUGAGAAUUUAGUGUUGGAUCAAGAUAGCAAUUUCCACCUAAUAAAAUUGACUAGUCUCAUUACCUGUUAA